AUGCCCAUCCUCAAGCAGUCCCCCGUUUCUCAUUCCAAAAAGAGGCCCCGUCUGGAUCGAGCAAUGAUUAGCGCCCCUUUGGGGGACUUUCGACAUACGAUGCACAUUGGCCAUGGGGGCGAUGCUUUUGGAGAUACAUCAUUCCUCAGCAACCAUGGGGGCACCAAGACCAAUGGCUUGCCUCACGAUGUAGCAGUGUCUCCUGGGUCUCUUGGUUCUCCUGGAGAUGUUUCUGGUUGCUUUGAACUGCUCUCCCCUCCUGGGAGUGGGAAUGGAGUAGUCCAGAGUCCAGCAACAUCAACCCCUGAUGGCAGCUUUGUAGUACUGCAGAGCCCAGAGAAGGCUGAUUGGAAGCCCCCUAAUGGAGAAGGUUGGGACCUGCAACAGAAGUUCUCCCUGGAGAGUCCCACACUGGACCACGCUGAAUCCCUUCUCUCUUUCCAGCUGGACUUGGGGCCUUCCAUCUUGGAGGAUGUGCUGGGAGUGAUGGAUAAAGACUGGGACAAUAUUAAAGGGCAGGAUCAGGAUAUUUCUUAUUGUGGGGUUCACACAGGAAAACAGCAAUCAGAAUCCUAUGGCACAUUCCAUGAUGCUACUUCUGAAAAAUAA